GACUUCCUGUCCUUCCUCUGCAGCUGGUAGAAUAGCUGGCGGCCCAAAGCUACAUACUAUCGUAGUCAAUCAUCAAUCACUAUGGCUACCGAAGAAACUCAAGCGGAUGCAGGACCAUCGACCAGCUCAGCCGUGUUCAAGAAGCGGUCGCGGCCCGUGGCUAGAGCACCGCUCAGGUCCACGAAGAUCCUCCACGACGAUGCGGAACCGCAAAGUUCGGAUGGACCCAAAGAGGCCAAAGGGGCAGACGCUGAAGAGGAUGACGAAGAGGAAAUAUCGGUAGCAGACUUGGUUGCUCUCCGCAACCUCCAGCGCAAGCCGACGGGCAUUGAGCUCGACAAGCUCAAUCGUGGCGUAAAGAAGAAGAAGAAGAAGGCAGGCAAGGACAGGAGCGCUAUGACAGACGAGGAUCGCUGGAGAGAGCAGAUGGAACAGGGUGGGCUUGUAAGACCGGGAGAGAUGCGGGGCAAGGCAGCCGGAGACGAUGAUGAGGAUGACAACGAGGGAGAGUCUGUCAAUCGAUCUCGUCGCCUGGUCAGACAGGACAACUUCCAGGGAGAGACGAAUGUCAUCGACGUAGAUAAGCACAUGAUGACAUACAUCGAAGAGGAAAUGCGCAAGCGAAGAGCAGCAGCCGGCGGAUCACUGGAUGCUUCAGCUACAGCUUCGCCAUUGGACGUCAAGGCCGUGUUGUCCAACCCUGAAGACGAGCUUUACAAGGUCGCAGAGAAGUACACUCGUUUGCAACAAGAAGCCAGAAAUGCUGCUACGGCUAACAAGCUGAUCAGCAAUAGAGCCAGACCGGACGAUGAGGAGGGCGAAGGUAAUGUUGGUCUAAGCAGUGCUAUGCUUUCUGGCAUCCCGGAGGUCGAGCUGGGCAUGGACUCACGAUUGAGAAACAUCGAGAACACAGAGAAAGCCAAGCGCGCCAUGCUGGAGGCGAGAAAGCAAGGCAGACCCGACGACUCGGAUCAGAUGUUGGCAAAUGCUCGAUUCUUCAACAACCGCAGAGACGCCCAAUCCGACGCCCAGGCUCUUGCCAGCGCAAGAGCAGCUGCUUCUGGUGCCUCCGCCUCGACGGUCAGCCGAGCUGCGCAAGGUGGCUCGUCCUCCUCUUCUUCGGCAGCUGCCAGUGGUGGACAGAAGCGUACAGGCGACCGCCGCGAGAUGGCUACAGACGACGUGGUGAUGCAGCGCUUCAAGAAGAGGCAGAUGAACGGGAUGAAGAGGUGAUUGUGGAUUGCCUGAAUGUUCUGUCUCUUUAAUCCUCAGCUAUCCUCCUUGCUGCUCGUAGACUAUGUAUGCCAUCUAUUACCAUGCU